GGGGCGCUGGAGGGCGCUCGGCUGACAGUGGAGGCUCCAGACCCCGGCAGAGCGGAGAGAUGAGAGCAGCGUCCUGAGCCCUGCACAUGGCGGUCCCCACCAUGUAUGAGUCGGGGCUUUUCUCUCCGGAGCCGUCGAGCCCCGGCCCGUAUUACGGUGAGUUCUCGGACACCUACUACCAGGAGGAUCGGUGGCAGAAGCUUCGCACGGCCGUCAGGAAGCUGGAAUUUUGGGAGAGUUUCACGGCGGAGCCAAUAGGAAGUGGAUUCUUCUCUAAAGUGUAUAAAGUGUCUCACGGCGCCGGCUCCAAGAGCAUGGUGGUGAAGAUCUAUAAAAACGAGGUGGACGAGGAGGGGAUCGUCCGAGAAAUCUCCCUCCUGCAGAAGCUGUCCCAUCCCAACAUUGUCAGGUAUCUGGGAAUAUGUGUGAAAGACGAGAAACUGUAUCCAAUUCUGGAGUACGUGAAUGGCGGCUGCUUAGAGGAGCUCCUGGCCGGUAAAGAAGUCCACCUGAGCUGGAAAGAGAAGGUGGAGCUGUCAUGUGACAUCAGUCGGGGGAUGGUCUAUCUGCACUCCAAAAAUAUCUAUCACCGUGACCUGAACUCCAAGAAUUGUCUUAUAAGGGUGACCUCACGUGGGAGAGAAGCACUUGUGACGGAUUUUGGUCUGGCCCGAGAGGUGGUGGAGCCGCCACUGAAGAAUGGAGAAAGGAAGUUGUCCCUUGUGGGAUCUGCCUUCUGGAUGGCCCCUGAAAUGUUACGUGGGGAACCGUAUGACCGAAAGGUUGACGUCUUCUCUUUUGGAAUUGUGCUUUGUGAAAUACUCGGUCGAAUUCCUGCCGACCCUGAGAUUCUGCCCAGGACUCGGGACUUUGGUUUGGACGUAGUCGGAUUUCAGGCCUUGGUGAGGGACUGUCCUCCUCCGGUGCUGGAUGUCGCUGCCAGCUGCUGUCGGCUCGAAGCAUUUAAGCGACCGUCAUUCUGCGAGAUUCUGGAUAACCUGGAGGAUGUGGCGGAAACACUGGACUCCCCGACAGAGCUGCCGGACUCCUCCUGAGGGGCGCGGGUGUCGGCUGUAAAUACUGUACAGACCUCAGGGCCGUGGGAAGAAUCCAGAUAUUUAUUUAACUGUUUUGUAUGUCACAUGACCCCAUAAUGGCGGCCAUCGGGCUCCUGCUGGGGGGGAGGGGAUUUCACUUUAAGUAAUAAAUGUUGCCUUGUUAAAAUACCGCAUGAAUUCAGAAUGUGACGCCCGAGGAGGAGCGCGCGGGGGAGGGGUUACGUGUUUCCCCUGAUGGCGUUAAACCACUGGAAAACAUAUUACUCCACUCACAUCCCAAGCUGCAGGGGACGGCCAUCUUGGCUGUGCAUUUUCCUAGUGUUAUAUGCGGCAUGUCCCCCCAACACCCCCCCCCCCCCCUUAAUAUAAUGACACUGCAGACGAUGUGGCCUCCCCCUGUGCACCUCUAUGGUAUAUUCCACCUCGAUCGGGUGCUCCUCCUGCACAUUGUGACGGAGCUGCAGUAACAGAGUGUGGGUGACCACUGAUCUCCUGGCAAGUAUAGGUGAAGCACAGCGAUCGGCGCUAAUCUGUGUGUAGUAACUACGGCGCGGUCGCACCUUCACCCUACUCUCUUCAGUCAGUGCCUUAGUCCCCGCGGGGGGGGGUCAUGAUUUUUCAGGGCGAUGUGUGUGUAUAUAUAUAUAUAUUUUUUGGCCCCUGCCCUUUACCACCUCCUACGGGUAUUGUUAAAUCGCUAUCAUGCAAUUAUUUAACCCCUUUGGCUCUGUGUAAUAUUUUUGUCUUGCCCUCUUCUGUAUAAACCAUGUUUUCUGUAGUUUUAGGGCCCUCGCCCAUUAAAGCGGGCUCCUGAGAUCAAUGUGAAAUGUCCUGAUAUUUCUCUGCAGGUGUAAUAUCCACAUCUACCACUAGGUGGCGCCAGAACUCCAUGAGAACCAGAUACCAGCGCAGCAGAGCUAAGUGGGGCUGUAUACGGGUUUUCAGGCUUGUGAUAUUGAUGCCAUGUCAGGGUAGGUUAUUUAAUAUCUGAUCAAUGGGGGUCACAGCCCGCACCCACAGACCCCAUACCUGUGGAUGCUGGAACAGGAAGCACGGCUCCAUUCAAAAUGCUAGUUCCGGAGCUGGAGGCUGCAGGGAACAGCUGACGGCGGGGGUGCCGGGUGUCGGACCGUUACUGAUGAGAUAUUAAUUGACCUACCCCGAGGAUAGGUUCAAUAUCCUGAGCCUGGAAAACCCCAGCUGUAAGAAGUAGGUCUGUGUGGGGUUUCAGGCUAUAAACAAGAAUGCUGCUGUUCACUGAAAGCAAACAGAGAUCUUACAAAUGUUUCAUUAUACAGUGAUUUAAAGACUCCGGUCCGUGGGUUGUGUCCAGUACAGCAGCACGGCUCAGAGCUGCAAUACCAUACGCAGCCUAAUGAAAGGUGUGGCGCUGUUUUAAGAAGCAGAUGUAUUUUCUAAUCUAGGACAACCCGAUUGAUAAUCUUUAGUUGGAGAUGACUAGGAUCCUCAUAUAGAUGGCGGCUGUAAAGGACGUGUGCAGUUUUGCAACCAUUUGUUUUAUUGCGCUAAUGCAUCUAUGAUACAACGACGUCAAUACUUUUAACU